AUGGAACAAGGAAGAAACAAAGUGUUUAUAAAUCCUAAUUUUAAUAAGAGGCCAAGUGGUAAUGUUCCUGUGGGGAAUGUGCCUGUCAUGCAUGUUAAUCCAAACUUCUAUCAACACUUAAAUAAUGUGCAACCAUUGCCUAAGCCAAAAAUUUAUAUAAAUCCUAAUUUUGUUAGACCAAAUGGAACCAACAGUCACCAAAUUCAGUAUGUUAAUAAUCCACAGUCUUAUGUGAAGCCAAGCCCCCUCAUGGACAGUAGUAACACAUUGAUAGCAACAGUUGCUGCACCCGCUAGACAUACAUCUCAAAGCUCAGUUCAAAACAACAAAGCAAAUCCUAAUUUUGGUAGACCCAAUAGAGUGGACAAACCAGAUCUGUCUGUAAAUAACAAUAAUAGUCAUUACAUUACGAAUUGUAAUAUUAAGCCAAGCCCACUCAUAGAUAGCAGUAACUUGUUGACUGCAUACUCCAUUCAAACCAGUUUAGUUCCACAACAACCCUACCACACCCAAUCUCGUUAUUCAUUCGUGAGGUUAAAGAAACAUGAGGAGCCAGUAACUAAUAUUACGAAACCACAUACAAGUACAAUAAAAAUUAGCAAAUACAAAUCUAUUAAACUAACUGAUGUAAAAAAGAACCUUGACUUUGUAAAACCAGCUGUAAAAGUAACACCUUUUAAAGUUUCUAACAAUCAAAAGUCUUUGAUAAGGACUAUCAACAACCAUAAAGUUAUUUCCAAAACCCCCACCAAAAAUACAAAUAGGUACAAACUUGUCAGAUCCCCACUCGGUGUAGGCAAGCCACAUCUCAAGAGGCAGACGUCCACUACUCCUAAGAAAAUAAUAAGAACAAGAGUCAAAGCUGCUAGUGCAUACAAGAAAAACAAUAUUCCAUGCCCACAGUUCCGCAAAUAUGGAAAAUGCCUACGAAAAUCAUACGGAAAAUGCGAGUUUCUUCAUGAUAAGAAGCAUGUGUCAAUAUGUAGGAAAUUUCUUAAUGGUGUGUGUCAUAACAACGAUUGCUUACUGUCACAUGAACUCUCUGAUAAAAAAAUGCCGACUUGCUACUUUUAUCUAAAAGGAAUGUGUACCAAAGAUGGUUGUCCUUAUCUUCACGUGAAAUUGAAUGAAAAAGCCAAAAUAUGCCUUGAUUUUAUGAGAGGCUAUUGUGAAAAGGGUGACAAAUGUUUGAAUAGACAUGUUUCUAAACGUUUAAACAUAGAUAAAAACCGAAAGCUUAUUUUGAAGAAACUGACACAACAAAAGCUAAUUAAAUAUAAACUUGAAAAGAAUACAGUAAAAAGCAAUACGAGCAGCACGCAGAAAAGGAAAAGUAAAGUCAAGUUGAACCAACAGUCUUCCCAGGAACAUAAUGAUCAUGGUAAUAGAUAUUAUAAAGAAUCGGUUACAGAAUCAAAUAGUAGCGAAAACUUGGAAAUUAAACCAACUAGAUGUAAAUUGGGAACCUUACCGUCCUUCAUACAAUUGUAAUAAAGUAAUCCAAUUUUAAUUUGGGGAAUGUAAGUACAAAAAAAAUGUUGUAUUUAAAUUAUCUUUGUGAAGGAUAUGAUAUUAUGUACAUACUUAUAUCCCUUUUGUAAGAGUAAGUUCUGGCCCAAUUUCCAUUGUAAGAAAACUUCACAUUAAAGUCGUUUUCAAAUUAAGAUUUUGCUUUCGUGAAUGUAAAUUGUUCAAAUUGCAGUUUACUUACUAUGACAACGUUCUAAAGUACUGUUUCAGUAACCGUAAACAUAUACCUACACUUUAUUAGGUAUGUGAAUUAUAUGCUGUUUUAUAUUGAUAAUUAGGUACUAAAAUCAUACUCAUUGUAAACUAUGAAUUAUUUCAAAGUUUUACGUGACACCCUGUUCUCAUUGACGUAUUUUUUAAAUACACUGAUGGAACCACAAUAAUGCGACAUCUAUUAACUUAUGCUCCCAUGUGCAUAAGAACGCUUUAGGCAUGGAAAGUCACAAAUAGGUAUGCUCAUAAAGAAGAAUAUUAAAUUCUUUGGAGUUUCCCUUGACAUUCGUGUUAUUGUUGUUCCUUUCCAGUGGAAAGUGGAGUGGUGGAGUGGACAGUGGAAAGUUUCCACUGUAUAGUUGAGCUAAUAUCAGGUGACCUUUUUUCACUCCAGCCGAAAAAUCACUUGCUAUUAGCUACGCUGCUAUACCUGCCGCCUUAAACCGGUGCUUGAUACAUUGACUUAUUUUUACUUCAUAUAGAGAAGGCAUACCAAACAAUAAAACUGUCGCAAUCGGGGCGUGAACCACACGACCAAAACGUUGUAAGCGCCGUGAAGUUCAUGGCGCUUACGCGCUUAUAUCGCGAGAUUCCCGCUCCGCUUCCAUAGUUUGUUGUCUGCCGACAACUAAUGGCACAGAAUACUGGCUCUCUGUAACGGUUCUAUACGUAGUAAUAAUAGUUCAAUGGCAAAUAUAGGUUUCAACUGAUGGUUAUCUAUCUGUCUGUAUUUUAUGAUUUGUUUUCCAAUUCCAAUGUGUGUUUCUCAUGUUUUUAAAUUAAUACUAAUCAAGAAAUUAGUAAUUAAUAUUUUAUAUGAAAGCUCAGUUGGAACCUAUUCUAUUGCAUCGCCAUCUGCGUUGAGCUUUACUCAUUUAUCCAAAUUGCCUUUUAGUUUAGAAGCAAGAGCAAAGAUAAUGACAUGUAUAAAAAUACUAUGGAUGCAGUGCAGGGUAGAACAAUUUAUAAAUUAUACUAAAUAAAAUCGAAUACCAAUGUGAA